AUGCUCUCUACCCAUUCCAAGCCAGCCAAGCGGCUGUCCUCUCUCUUCGCGCUGAUUUCUUCUUCCAAAGAUAACUCCGACAAUGCCCAAUCUGCUUCUCAGCCCAUCCCUCAAAACCCUCCGCCACACGACACCCCUCACGACCAACAUCAUAACAACAACCUCAACCAUCUUUGCAUCCAACAGCAGCAGCAGCAACAACAACAACAACAACAACAGCAACAGCAACAGCAACAGCAACAAAAUCCUGCCUCUUCUUGCCCUCCUCUACGUCAUGCUGCCUCAGCACAGCAUCUCUCAACAAAUUCCCUAGAUGUCGUUCCCCCGUCGAGCAGGAUUGUGUCCACGCCGCUUCCCAGACCCGACUCAGUCACUAACAACGAUACCCAGCUGCUGCCCCCGCCCCCACUCACCACAGUGAACCCAGAUCUCUCCAGUCCCGCGCGAGAGCGACGCCGGAGCUGGAACGGUGGGCUGUCUAAUAUGGCGGCUGGUUCUGCUCGUCCCGCCUCCAGAUCGGGCCUUCUCUCUGCCGUGAGCACCGAGUCUAGGUCCUUCAAAACGCGCAGUUGGGUCUCUGGGAAAUUACGCAUGAAUUCUUCUGAUAUGAAUCGACCUCACUCGUCGAUGCGGGCGUGGAUUGCUGGGGCAGGUCAGGACAUGGCUUACGAUAUUAACCCUCUGAUAAACGGGGAUAUGGUUGGAGAGCUGUGGGAUGACAACGGAGACACUUUUGUAUAUCUUUUCCCACAAAAUGCUGGCAGGGGACCUUCGUUCAAAGUCGACUCAUCUCUAUUCGUGUCCUCCACAUCACUCACCUACCUAGCUCGAGGCGCAGAUCCAACACCCAGGAUCAAACGACGAACCAUCCCUGAGGAAUUGCAGAUUGCUUAUCCCCGUUCAGCUUCCCCAGCAGCGCGUAACAACGCAGGAUCCAUUGAAGACGAUGGGAGUAGUUUAAUCAGCAGGACAUCCGGCGAAUACUCCUUAGACGAACCUCUUCAACCGCUACAUCUCUACGUUCCCGUACCUCUAGAAGGUGACGUUUCCAAUAGACAUGCUGUUCUCCAGGACAACGAUGUUGACAUGCUUGUACGGUUCCGAAAUUUGUUCGCCUUUUUAGUUGGCCAGUCCUUGGUUGCCACGCGUCGAUUCCCCUCGAUCUUUGACAUUUUCCUGGAAAUUUCCACCCUCCUUACUCGAUUUGAAUUUACCAACUUGGACGGUUCAGGAUUUGGAGAGACCGCUACCUCCAGCUUUGCUGCUUAUUGCGACGAGCUUAGAAUUAACGACGUGCGAAAGAGUCGCGAGAAAACGCUCGAGGCUAUUAUUCUGGGAGAGCGAAUGAAAUUCCUCCCAUUGUAUUCAGAAGGCUUCAUCCACGGUGUUGGCAGGCUGAAUGAUAUCAGACAUUUAAACAGCUCCAAAUACCCCCUUAUUUCUGAUAUCACAAAACAACGGAUGGAAAGAGCAUUCAUCGACCUUGACACUCGCCUCAGAACUGUUCGUAAUAAAUUGGAAGAUUUUGAUUUCCCCUCCCUCUUCUCCGGGAUCGCCAACUCGAGCACCUUGAACGAAGCAAAAGUUAUCCGCUUCAAAGACUGGAAAAACGCCUGUCUAGCAUAUAGAAAGAAUGUUAUCUCCUACUACCGUGCACGGUUUGGAUCAUGGCCACCCAAGGCCAGUUCCAAAAAGAACCAGUUUGAAGAGAGCGGCCUAAAUCGUCUGGUCCUCAUGGAACUAUACCAGGACUUUGCAGAUUUGUACGACAUGCUCGUUGACAGGACAUCCCUGACCACCAGAACGAUAGACAUGGUCAUGAUGGACGACGCUGGCGAUCCCACAGACCCUCAGGAUUCCAGCGCCCGCGCUCUCCGACAGGUUAUGAGCGAAUACGACCAGAGUACCCCACCCGUCCAACCCCCCGUGCCCUUUGACAUCCCACUGCUUCCCAGCAUCCGCUCCAUACGCAAAAACCUCGAUGCCACCAGCGAACUCAAAGAGCGCACCAAGAAGCUCAAAGUCGGCGAAGUCAACGAGAUCCUCGUCAGCUCCUAUAACCACACAAGCAUGAAACCCACCCCGUUCCUGGAGGACUUCACUCGCUUCGAACGCCGCGCAGCCCUAGGCAAGACAGCAGACGAACUAGCCGACAACCGCUGCGGACAAUGGCUCUUCAUGUACGCCGUCCUCCAGUCCUUGCCAAUGGUCGUUGUCGACGCGGCUGAAGUCCGCUUUACGCAGGGUGUGGAGCAUUUCCUCUGCGUCCCCCCGCGCGGUGGCAUACCAUGGUGUCGCGAGGAUACGAAAUCCGGACGCAGCUGGUUCGGUGUCGCGGGUGGCUCGGGCGUGGUAAGUCUGCCAUCUGACGUUGUCGCGAAUGGCGUCGAGGGCGUCUACCGUCGCAGCCACUGCUGGCAAGUAGGGAUGACCUGGGCAAGUCAGCAACAGAUGAAGUCCCCUGUAAUGCUGGAUAACGUGGAAGAGGAGGGGAUGAAUAUGGCGGCGCCAGUAGUGGUGACGAUACCGUCGUCGUCGCCGUAUCAAUACCCCAUACCACCGCCGCCGCUUUCAUCGACAGGAUCCUCCUCGGAUAGACAGGUUACCCCGCUUAUCACGCCGGGAAGCCAGACGCCGCCGCUUAUUUCACUGCCCCUGCCGCAGGAGAAUUCGCCGGCCCGCCAUCCGGGGACGAUGUGGGGAGGCAAUAGGUCGUCGAUACAUAUGGGGUUGGAAGCGUUGCCGCUGCCGGCGAGCGUGAUGUCGUUGGAACCACCGUCGAGGCCGGUCAGUUUUAAUCCAAUGAUGAGCUUUGAUGAUAUUCUUAAGGAUGUGCCCCAGAAGGGGACGCAGAGGGGGAAGAAGUGA